AUGGUUGGUCACGCCCUCGCCCCAUCGUCUCCUUCAUUCCAGCGCACAGUCAACAAUCCAGACAGCAGAUUAUCACAGACUCGUCAAAAGACAUCGGGUCUUUCAGCUCCAGCGGAAGUGUAUGGAUCGAGUAAGGAUAAGGAUGGAAAGCUACGAAAGUUGCCUCCGUCUCCUCGGCACCCUGCACUUGAUGCUGCAAUACGUAAAAAGUCAUCAUCUGCAUCCUCCUCCUCCCCACCAACGUCCUAUCAGGAAGCGGACACGGCUGAAUCCGGAACACGAUCAGGACAUGGUAAUAGUCAUGUUUUGCGAGUGCAACAGGAGGAGAAGUCAUGUGAAAGCUGCGGAACCACCAACUCUCCUGAAUGGCGUAGGGGACAAUCCGGCAAGAAGGAUCUGUGUAAUGCAUGUGGUUUGAGGUACUCUCGAAGUGUAGCGCGCCAGAACAGACAGGCUCAGAAGCAAUUGGAGGGCAAAGGCCCAAAGGCAAAGGUAGUCAAGAGCGGUAAGGCCGCGAAAUCAAGUCCCAAGAAAGGUGUCUCAGCAGAGCCAUCUAGUAUAGGAUCAGUUAUGGAUGAUACCAUGCUACAUCCCAACACAAAUUUUAUGCAGGACAGUGCUCAGCAUUCACAACAAAACCAACAGAUCCAACAUACACAAGCGUCGCAGUUGACUCAUGCAUAUCCAUCUGAGCCAGGUAUAGGAUCCAUAUAUUCCCUCGCUGUAAAACCAUCGUUUUAUCAUGGGCAAUAA